CCGGCACUAACAUCCACGGGGAAGGGUAUAAAUAGGCAGCUGUGGGGACAGAGGGAUGGCAGCCUGAUCCCGCGGCGAUCUGUGCAGCUUGCCUUGGGCUCUGGGCUGGAUCCUCGCUGCUCUCAGGAUGAGCUGCGCCGUCAGGCAGGUCGUCACUGCCUGCUCCCAGGGCAGGAGCAGCGCCGGCAGCUCGGCGGCUGGGGCUGGUAGAAAGGUCUCCUCCGCCUCCUCGGGCAGACACGCUGCCUGUGACUUCGCGGGUGCAGCCGGCAACUUCUCGGGCGGCAGCUCGAGCGAGGGAUUACUCGGGAAGGCGCUGAGCGCCGGCAGCGCGGCCGGUGGGAGCUUCGGAGCCGCGCCGAGGGCUUGUUCCACCAUCGGAUUCGGCGGCGGGGGCAUGUGCGCUCGCGGCGUCGCUGGGGGCUUCGCCAGGGCCGGCGGUGGCUGCGGAGAGGGGAUCCUGUUCGCUAACAAUGAAAAGGCCACCAUGCAGAACCUCAACGACCGCCUGGCCUCCUACCUGGACAAGGUGCGGCUCCUGGAGGGAGAAAACGCGGAUCUCGAGUGCAAGAUCAGGGAGUGGUACGCCAAAGUCGGGCCCAGCUGUGAGCCACGCGACUACAGCUGUUUUCAUAAGGAAAUUGAAGAUCUUCAAAACCAGAUCCUGUGUGCAGCUAUGGAGACCAACAAAAUCCUUCUGAACAUUGACAACAACAGGAUGACCGCCGACGACUUCAGAGUGAAGUACGAGACCGAAUGCGGCCUCCGGCAAAACGUGGACGCAGACAUCUGCAACUUACGGCCCGUCCUGGACCAGCUGGCCAGCUGCAAGACCGACCUGCAGCUGCAGUGCGAGGCUUUGACCGAGGAGAUGUGCUGUCUCAAGACGAACCACGAGGAGGAAAUGAACUGCCUGAGGAAACAGGCGACGGGCGACGUGAGCGUGGAGGUCAACGCCUGCCCCGGCCCGGACCUGAGGAAGAUCCUGGAGGACCUGAGGUGUCAGUACGAAACGCUGAUGGAGCGCAACCGCAAAGAGACCGAGCAGUGGUAUGCCUGCAAGGUGGAGGAGGUGAACCUGGAGGUCGUCACAAGCAGCCAGGAGAUAGAGUCAAGCAACAAACAGGUCACUGAGCUGCGACGCCAGCUGCAGGCCUUGGAGAUCAAUGUGCAAGCCCAGCUCACCAUGAAAGAAAAUCUGGAGUCCUCUUUGGCAGAAACUGAAUGCCGCUACAACAAAUACCUUGCUGAGCUCCAGAGCCAGAUCUCCUGCGUGGAGCAGCGGCUGGCCGAAAUACGGGCAGAGAUGGAGUGCCAGAACCAGGAGUACAAGACCCUGCUGGACGUCAAGUGCCGCCUGGAGCAGGAGAUCCAGACCUACCACUGCCUGCUGGAGGGCGGCCAGCACGACAUCAUAGGACCAGCGGGAAGAGGAGUCCCUGGAGUCCCACAGGCUGCAAGAAGUGGGGGGCUUAAAGCCAGCCUGUGCCAGCCGUGCCUGUCCUAAGGCCGUGAGCUCUGGGGAGAGCAGGCAAGGUCACCGCAGACAAGAGAGCUUCCCUGCCGGUCCCACCGCACGCCCCUUUGGGGUCUCUCGAAGAACAAAUCCUUUGG